AAAGGGAGCGCCUCUGUGGCCGCCAAUCGCAGCUCUCCGUCGCCGCUGACACCGCCUCUCCUUUAAGCCACCUCUCCGGCCAGACAUUUGUAGUCGGAGGACAGAAAGUGACCGGACUGGCAGCGAUGUACCGGAGGUGCUGUGAGUGUGUGCGGCGGCUGUGGCUGCUCUCCGCCGUACUUUCCGGACUCAGUGCCGCCUACUUCCCGGAGGAACGCUACAACCCGGAGUCCCAGCUACGGCCGCCCACCGUCCUCCUCUCCCUGCUGGCCAGGAACGCCGAGGGGUCCCUGCCGGAGGUGCUGGGGGCGCUGGACCGACUCCGCUACCCCAAGGACCGGAUCUCACUAUGGGUGGCCACAGAUCACAAUCUGGACAAUACAAGCAGCAUACUACGAGAAUGGCUCAUCAAUGUCCAGAGCCAGUACCAUCACGUGGAGUGGAGGCCCCAGGAGCACCCCAGGUGGUUUCAGGACGAGGAAGGUCCCAAGCACUGGUCUCACUCUCGCUACGAAUAUGUCAUGAAGCUUCGCCAGGCGGCUCUAAACUCAGCGCGGGAAAUGUGGGCUGACUACAUCAUGUUUAUAGAUGCUGACAACUUGCUGACUAACCCAGACACCCUCAAUCUGAUGAUUGCGGAGAACAAGACAGUGGUAGCCCCCAUGUUGGAGUCCAGGGCGGCCUACUCCAAUUUCUGGUGCGGAAUGACCACCCAGGGAUAUUAUAGACGUACCCCAGCCUACAUGCCUAUACGACGGAGAGAACGCCGUGGCUGCUUUGCUGUCCCCAUGGUUCACUCCACCUUCCUUAUUGACCUGCGGAAGGAGGCCAGCCGACACCUGGACUUCUAUCCACCCCAUCCAGACUACACCUGGGCCUAUGAUGACAUCAUAGUGUUUGCCUUCUCCAGCCGGCAAGCUGAAGUUCAGAUGUUCAUCUGCAAUAAAGAGGCUUACGGGCACCUCCCAGUCCCUCUGCGAUUACACAGCACUCUGAUUGAUGAAGCCGACAACUUUCUGCACACCAAGCUGGAGGUUGCGGUGAAGGGUCCCCCUGUUGAGCCAUCGGCUUUCCUGUCCCUCCCCCCAAAAGUAGCGGAUAAGAUGACGUUGGACGAGGUUUUUCUCAUUAAUCUGAAGCGUCGCCCGGAUAGGAGAGAGCGAAUGAAGAGGGUGCUGCACGAGCUGCAGAUUGACUACAAGCUAUCGGAUGCUGUGGAUGGCAAGUCAUUGAAUGAAACUCAGGUGACCGCUAUGGGUGUAAAGAUGCUCCCUGGAUACAAGGAUCCUUAUCAUGGCCGCCCCCUGACACGAGGAGAGAUGGGCUGUUUCCUCAGUCACUACAACAUCUGGAAGGAGAUUGUGGAACGUUCACUCGCCAUCUCCGCCGUAUUGGAAGAUGACCUGAGAUUUGAAAUCUUCUUUAAGAGGCGUCUGGAGAACUUGCUGCAGGACGUGGAGAAGGCACAGCUGGACUGGGACCUCAUCUAUAUGGGCCGGAAACGAAUGCAGGUAGAGGAACCCGAAGAGUCAGUUCCAGGGGUCCGCAACUUGGUCAUUGCUGAUUAUUCAUACUGGACACUGGGGUACCUGAUCUCUCUUCAGGGAGCAAAAAAGCUGAUGAAUGCCGAACCUCUGACCAAGAUGCUUCCUGUGGAUGAAUUCCUGCCCGUCAUGUACGACAAGCAUCCAGUCUCUGAUUACUCCUCUUUCUUCUCACCGCGGGACCUGCAAGCCUUCUCUGUGGAGCCUCUGCUGCUAUACCCAACCCACUACACCGGGGACGAGGGCUACGUCAGUGACACAGAGACUUCUGUACUGUGGGACAACGUGACGGAGACCACUGACUGGGACAGAGCCAAGUCCCAAAAGACCCAACAACAGGAGAAGCUGCGCAGUGAAGCCAUAAACACCCCGUCUCUCCGCUCCCCAUUUGACAGCGCCGCCCGCGACGAGCUAUGACCUCCGUGCCAAGUCCACGAUCCCAUCCAGCGUCUGAGCUUUGUGCGCAGGGCGAGCUGUUUGAUUACUAACGGUGAGGCUACGGGACCUUUUGUGACAGACCAAAGAACGCGCAGAUAUGCGCACCUGUAUGACCGACUACUCCUCUGCUGAGUUCACAUGGAACGGCCCAGCUGGGAGCAGAGCUAUCUUUGGGGAAGACAUGGUCUUUUUUCUUAUGAGGUCGGGGUUAAUACUAAUAAUAAUAAUAAUUAUUUAUGUAAUUGCAAGAGCAAACAGUCCCCAUCUGCCGCAAAUAAAGCUUCCUGUUCAGGGGCAUGAUGGGUAAAAUGAAAUCCAGGAGGUCAACAUAAAAAAAAUAGGUUGGCCUGGGUCAGGGCUGUGCAGCUCCAGUACACAAGGGCAAUGUGUUCAAUCUCAGAUUUCAACAGAAAACCCCCAACCUGUCUAAUUCAUUGUUUGUUAAUGAGGGCAGUCCUAAAAGUGUGUGUCGGUGUCCCAGGCUUUUUGCACCCCUGUCUUCCUACACGUGUGGCUUUUUUCUUUUUUUUUUUUUUUUUUUUACAAUCAGUUAUUGCAGUAAGGAAGCUAAUGUAUGAUUAACAGUGAAGUUCCUAAAACCUUAAAGUGGAGCUAGAGGCAAAACAUUUUUUUAUUAUUUCAUUUUAGAGUAAGGGAAGGUUAUUUGUGUCCC